CCGACGUCCCAAUCUCGUCUUCUUCACCGGCCGCUUUCAGUCGGAUGAAGCCAUUACAACAUAAAGCACUGUUUCAUGUCGUCUCUGUAAAAAGUCAAACACAAGUGAAAAACCUUAUUGUGAUAUAGUGAUAAGUGUGCCAAAACAGAAUAAUGGAGGAUGACCAACAGUUUUGUCUGAGAUGGAAUAAUCAUCAGUCUACUCUAGUGGCAGUUUUCGACACACUGUUGGAAAAUGGAACGUUGGUUGAUUGUACAUUGGCAGCAGAGGGCAAAUGUCUAAACGCCCACAAAGUAGUCCUUUCAGCAUGUAGUCCAUUUUUUGAGUCGCUGCUGUCGCGGCAUUACGACAAGCAUCCAAUAUUAAUAUUGAAAGAUGUAAAGUUCCAAGAACUGAAAGCUAUGAUGGACUAUAUGUAUAGAGGUGAAGUGAACAUAUCGCAGGACCAAUUGGGUGCGUUAUUGAAGGCGGCUGAAUCGCUACAGAUAAAGGGUUUAUCUGACAAUAGAAAGGGGGGAGAGACUGACAGAAAACCGGCACCACCGCCGGCCCCCUCAAAAAGCCCACAACCAACAUCGCUUCCGAAAGUACAAGGCCUAACAAUAGAACAGCGAAACAGAGACGAUAGUAGGGAGGGUUCUCAGUCACCAGGCCCUCGAAAGAAAAAAAGGAUACGGCGUAAAAGCGAAGAGUUAGAUAAUCACCAUGACGCUUCAAAUUCAUCAGAAUCUCAUAGUAAUCAAACACCCGCCCAAAACAUUCCCACGAUGUUACCUGCCUCGAAAAUAAUCGCCGACGUGCCUGAACCUGUAGAAACCAAAUCCGAAAUCCUGACGAGGCAUAAACAGUCCGACGACGUUCCCCAAGUUCCUAUAAUAAAAGAAAAAAUAGAAACACAUACAGAACUGAUGCUUGAACCAAAGUCUGAGUAUGUCGAAGAAAUGAACGAGGACAGUAUUGAGGAUUUGACGUUGGACGAUGAUGAUAUUAGCAAUAUGGAAUCAAUGGACGAUGGAGCUGGGCCUAGUCAUGGCAAUGCGGGUGAAGGAUCGAGUCAAGGUUUUGGAGGUUGGCAUAUGGGUAACCAAAGUCAAGAUGAAGUAUUUUUGGCCGCUCAAGAGGCCGUAGGUGCACAUCGUGAUUCACAAGCACAAGAUUUGCGUGUUUCUCGUCCUUGGGAGCGCUGGCCAUCGCAUCUUGCCCUACCUAUGAUGCUAAUGCGUGAAAGCAUGAAAAAGUCGAUGAUUCAAUCGGUAAAUCGGUCUUCUCUCGAUUUAAGCACCUCAUCUCCUAAGUCUAGGAAUCGAACUAGUUUAGAUGGUACCGGUUUUGAUUGCUCAGUUUGCGGUAGGAUAUAUAAAUUGAAAAGUUCUUUACGUAAUCAUCAAAAGUGGGAGUGCGGAAAAGAGCCGCAGUUCAAGUGCCCUUAUUGCGUCUAUAAAGCCAAGCAGAAGAUGCACAUGGCGAGGCACAUGGAACGCAUGCACAGAGAGGUCGAUUACUCUUCGGUUAAAACCGAAAUUGCUGUUAAAAGUGAGAGCGGAGACGCUGAAUGACUUAAAAAGUAACUCAUCGACUCAAACCCCAGUUACUCCAUAAACAUACGCGCCAUGUUAUUUUGUUAACUAGAAUACUCCUCAACACGUUCCUAUAUCAACGUAAUAACAGUAAUUAAACUUUCACUAUGCUGCCUUAUUCCCUGACGCUACAAUUGCGAUUAGGUGGAAACAUUUUGUGAUACUUGAAAAAUCCGACAAUAUUCAAGACUGCGCUGUUACACAUCACUUUUUUGGAUUACGUUUUACCGUUCCUAUGAAUUUUCGAUGAUAUUUUGGCGUUUUUUAGUAUUUUGUAAUUAUUUUGUGAAAAGAAUAUUUAUAUGUGAUAAAAAUGAUAAAAUAUGCUCUUUACGAUGAUAUUUUUAUGUGAAUAGUUUACCUAAAUGAAGUGCCUCACAUAGUUAAAUGUUCCUUGAAGUGUAUCUCUAGAUAUAAGUUACCUUUAUCUUUUUUACACAAUUUUGUGAAAAUAUUUUUAUAUAUAAUACGAUCAAGUUGUUAUUUUUGUGUAUUUUGCUUUUAAGGUUAUUUGUUUAGUUAGGUGCUUUUGCAUUAUUUUUUUUAAUUAUUGUGUUAGCCAGGUGCAAGGAAAAUUGACCGAGAUUUGAUCAGCUUGUAAAAUAUUCUAUUUUAUUCCUAUUUGACAAUCCGGUUUUUCUUUUCCGCUUUAAACUAUUUUAUAUCGGUUAAAUUAUGCAUUUUAAGCCGAUGAUAAGGUCAUAUCAAUUUUGCUUUUUAUUUUAAGGCAGCUUGUAUUAUAAAAAUAUAUAAUUGAGAAAAAAAAAUGUAUAUUUCCAUUUAAAACAUGCUUUAUUAUUGUUAGGUGUUUAGUUUGUAAGUAAAUUUAUUUAAUUUUAUGCGUAUGAAAGGUGAUGGGAUAUAUUUUCCAGAAGACGUACUACACAAAAAUAUGCCCAAGCCAAUUUUUUACUAUAAUACUCAACAGAAAAAUGUGAUUUUUUUACCAUUAUUGUAAUAGUUUAUAGUUCCUUUACACUGUCACAUAUCAAUAAUUUUGUCUUUAAACCAGAAUUGUUAAUUUUCCUAUUCAACUUUUUUGCUUUUUUGUUUGUUUUAUUUUUACUUAUACAUGCUUUUAGGUAGCGGUAGAU